AUGACGGAAAGCAGCGAUCUCCGCACUGUUGUUCUGGUGGGAAUUCCGGGCCUAGAAGAUUUCUAUUCCUGGAUCUUAGGAUUCUUUUGUCUCCUUUAUCUUCUUUCAUUGUUUGGAAACUUUAUACUAAUACUUCUAAUAAGGACAGAUGAAUCUCUGCAGAUUCCGAUGUAUGACUUGGUGUCCAUGCUGGCCAUCGCUGACCUGGGGCUCUCAUUGGCUACAAUCCCCACAGUUCUGGGGGUUUUCUCCUUCCAGUCUAUGGAGCUCCCAGUGCCACUUUGUCUGCUUCAGAUGUUCUUCAUUCAUUCUUUUUCCGUCAUGGAAUCUUCUAUUCUUCUGGCUAUGUCCUAUGACAGGUUUGUAGCAAUCUGCAACCCUCUGAGAUAUCCGUCCCUCCUCACUCGUCACCUGACCAGGAGAUUAGGACUACUCACCGUGCUGCGCAGCUUUGCAGUGAUAUUGCCUAUUCCCGUCAUGGUCCAGACGUCCAGACUCUGCAGGAGCGCCAUGCUGUCCCAUGCGUUCUGCUUACACCCCGACAUCAUGAGGCUCCUCUGCUCCAAGUCUACGGAGAAUAACAUCUACAGUAUGUUUGCUGUGAUCUCCACCAUGGGCCUGGACGCUUUCCUUAUUCUUCUCUCCUAUGCCCUGAUAUUACGAGCCGUUUUUCAACUAAGUUUAGUGUCGGCACGCUGGAAAGUUUUCCGGACUUGUGUGCGUCACAUCAGUGCUGUGCUUCUCUUCUACAUUCCUAUGAUCAGCCUAUCGAUGAUCCAUAGAUUUGCAGGUCCCAGUUCUACAUUCCUCCAUGUCCCUUUGGCCUAUCUCCACUUUCUCUUACCACCAACACUCAAUCCCAUUCUGUAUGGAAUGAAAACUAAAAUGAUCUACCAGAGCUUAAUCCAUAGCUUAAGGUGGGCUUCAAAGAACAUGGUGUAG